AUGGAUACGACUCUACCGCCUCCUCAACACAUGGAACGUGAACCUUUGAAGAGCAAGAGUAGUCUUCUUCCAAUGACUCGCCGUGGCAACGGUUCCAAAGGACAGAAGAUUCUUCUGCUCACUAACCACUUCAGAGUCAACUUCAGAAAACCAAACAGUCAUAAUUUCUUCCAUUACAGCGUUACUAUCACAUAUGAAGAUGGUAGUCCACUUUUAGCCAAAGGUUUUGGCAGAAAGAUUCUUGAAAAAGUUCAACAGACUUGUCAAGCUGAUUUGGGUUGCAAACAUUUUGCUUAUGAUGGCGACAAGAAUCUUUAUACUGUUGGUCCUCUUCCUAGAUCCAGUCUAGACUUCUCUGUUGUUCUUGAAACCGCGCCUUCUAGGAGAAACGCAGACAAAAGACUAAAGCUUCCUCACCAAUCCAAGAAAUUCAAUGUUGCAAUCCUUUUUGCGCCUCCAGAAAUCCCAAUGGAAGCUAUUGCAAAUGCUCUUCAAGGAAAGAAAACUAAACAUCUUCUAGAUGCUAUCAGAGUGAUGGACUGUAUUUUGAGCCAAAAUGCAGCUAGACAAGGUUGCCUCCUAGUUCGGCAAUCUUUCUUCCACAAUGACGCAAAGUACUUUGCGAAUAUCGGUGAAGGUGUAGAUUGUUGCAAAGGAUUUCAUUCAAGCUUCAGAACUACUCAGGGAGGCUUGUCCCUCAAUAUUGAUGUUUCGACUGCUAUGAUAGUAAAACCUGGUCCUGUUGUUGAUUUUCUUAUUGCAAAUCAAGGUGUGAACGAUCCAUUCUCUAUUAACUGGAAAAAGGCUAAAAAUACUCUGAAAAAUCUUAGAGUUAAAGUCCUCCCUUCAAAUCAAGAAUACAAGAUAACCGGACUAAGUGGACUACACUGCAAAGAUCAAACGUUUACUUGGAAGAAAAGGAACCAAAACAGGGAAUUUGAGGAGGUUGAGAUUACAGUGUCCGAUUACUUCACUAGGAUCCGUGAAAUCGAACUGCGUUACUCGGGUGGCUUACCUUGUAUCAAUGUUGGUAAGCCAAAUCGUCCUACCUACUUUCCCAUUGAGCUCUGUGAGCUUGUAUCUCUACAACGCUAUACUAAAGCGCUAACCAAAUUCCAGAGGAGUAACCUUAUCAAAGAAUCAAGGCAGAAUCCACAACAAAGAAUUGGUGUGUUAACCAGAGCUCUCAAGACUAGUAAUUAUAAUGAUGACCCAAUGUUGCAAGAAUGUGGUGUUAGGAUUGGCUCUGACUUCACUCAAGUCGAAGGCCGCGUGUUACCAACACCAAAGCUUAAAGCUGGCAAAGAACAAGACAUCUAUCCUAUUAAUGGGAGUUGGAACUUCAAGAACAAGCCAGCCACAGUUACUAGAUGGGCUGUUGUGAACUUCUCUGCUCGCUGUGACCCGCAAAAGAUUAUUGAUGAUUUGACCAGAUGUGGAAAGAUGAAAGGAAUUAACGUAGAUUCUCCAUACCAUGUCGUCUUUGAAGAAAAUCCUCAGUUUAAGGAUGCCACUGGUUCUGUAAGAGUUGAUAAGAUGUUUCAACAUUUACAAUCAAUACUCGGCGAAGUUCCUCCAAAAUUCCUUCUAUGCAUACUCGAAAAGAAAAACUCUGAUGUUUAUGAAAAAUCUUGUUCAAUGUGGAAUUGUGAAUGUAUUGUUCCUCCUCAAAACUUAAAUGAUCAGUAUCUCACAAAUCUUCUACUAAAGAUAAAUGCCAAGCUUGGUGGAUUGAAUUCAGUUUUGGAUAUGGAGCUGUCAGGAACAAUGCCUCUGGUAAUGAGAGUUCCUACCAUCAUUAUUGGAAUGGAUGUAUCUCAUGGUUCUCCUGGACAGUCUGAUCAUAUACCAUCCAUUGCCGCGGUUGUGAGCUCCAGAGAGUGGCCACUGAUCUCAAAAUACAGGGCUUGUGUGCGUACACAGUCGCCUAAAGUUGAAAUGAUCGAUAGCCUCUUUAAACCCGUCUCUGACAAAGAUGAUCAAGGUAUCAUGAGAGAGCUCUUGCUUGACUUUCACUCAAGUUCUGGAAAGAAACCGAAUCACAUUAUCAUUUUCAGGGAUGGUGUCAGUGAAUCUCAGUUUAACCAAGUUCUUAAUAUUGAACUGGAUCAGAUGAUGCAAAUAAACCACCACACGAAGUUCUUCCAAACCGAAAGCCCUAAUAAUGUUCUUCCAGGAACAAUAAUUGACAGCAACAUCUGUCACCAACACAACAACGAUUUCUAUCUUUGUGCUCAUGCUGGAAAGAUUGGAACUACAAGGCCAACACAUUACCAUGUGCUCUACGACGAGAUUGGAUUUGACACAGAUCAACUCCAAGAACUUGUGCAUUCACUAUCCUAUGUCUACCAGCGGAGCACAACUGCCAUCUCUCUUGUUGCGCCGAUAUGUUAUGCUCAUUUGGCGGCUGCACAGAUGGCAACUGCAAUGAAGUUUGAGGACAUGUCUGAGACUUCAUCGAGCCACGGCGGGAUCACCACAGCUGGAGCAGUCCCUGUGCCUCCCAUGCCGAAGCUGAACACCAACGUUGCUAGUUCAAUGUUCUUUUGCUGAAAGAACAAAAAUAAGCACAAGUGACUUGGCUUUUCUUCUAAUGAACAAACCAAAUAACAAGAUUGUUUCUCUCGC